AUGUCUCGACCAGACGGACGCGCAAAUGAUCAACUCAGAAGGAUAGAAAUUGAGCUCGGUGGACUUGCUCGUGUAGAUGGAAGCGCACGUUUCAGCUUUGGUAAUUGCAGAGCACUCGCCUCGGUGACAGGCCCAAUCGAAGUUCGACAACUGAUCGAAUUGCCUGAUCGUGCAACAUUUGAAGUGACCGUUAGACCUGUUGCUGGCGUACCUGCCACCCCCGAGAAAGCCCUUGCUAAACACGUUCAUGAUGUCUUUCGUCCCACGCUACUCCUAACUCAACACCCCCGAUCGCUCAUUCAAUUAACAAUCCUCUCGCUUUCUCCUGCAUCAUCGAGCCCAAGCUAUGCUGCAACGCACAUCAACGCUGCAACUCUUGCCUUGUUGAACGCAGCAAGCGUACCCAUGAAGGGCGUGGUGUGUGCCGUAGUCGUUGGGAUAUCAAAAACUGGAGACGUGGUAUUGGACCCUGCUGACGAUGGAGAAUGCAUUCGCGCUGGAUGUUUUGCCCUUUUCUUUUCGGGAGCUGAGGCGCCCGAAGGAGAUAUUGUUUGGGCUGAUUGGAGAGGUGCGACUUCGAAAGAAGAGGCAAGUGUACUCUAUGAAAGUGCUGUAAGACUAGCUCGAACUGGAGCCAAGCAGGUUCUUGUCUCGAUUCAAAGCUCGUUGCUCCGUCGAGGGAAAAGUGACUCUCAAAUGGACUUGUCCUAG